GCAAAGUUUCGCCGGCAGUCAGCCGAGGCAGCGCGCGGGCUAGAGCUGGGCUCCGCUCUGCCAAGCUCCGGACUGCCGUGACCGCUGGCCGUGUCGUGCGCCCGGCUGCGCGCCCAGCUCUGCCCUGCGCCCCGCGCAGAUCUCGGUAUCCCGCACACCCCUCUUGUCGGGGUUGCCUGCGCGCCCUCCGGCCUCAGGGUCUGUUCUCAGCCUCCUGUGCGCCCUCGCUCGCUUUCCCUCCUCCCCCUCCUCAGCUCCGGCCAACUCACCUCUGCCACUCAUCAUGGCCCUUGGCCCCGCUUGGACCAGGCCGGAACCAGGUUCCCUACUGCUGCUGCUGCCGCUGCUUUUGCUGCUCCGGGACGCGGGCGGCAGCCACACAGCCCCCGCUUGGUCCGCCGCGCCCAUGGCCGCCGACAGCCUAGCGGGGGACAAGGACCCCCAGCGGUCUCCGGGGGACACGGCCGCAACUGUGGGCCCUGGAGCUCAGGACAUGGUCGCUGUCCACAUGCUCCGGCUUUAUGAGAAAUACAGCCGAAGGGGCGCGCGGCCCGGAGGGGGCAACACGGUCCGCAGCUUCCGGGCGCGGCUAGAAGUGGUCAACCAGAAGGCUGUGUAUUUCUUCAACCUGACUUCCAUGCAGGACUCAGAAAUGAUCCUCACAGCCACAUUCCAUUUUUACUCGGAGCCACGGUUGCCCCGGGCACGUGAGAUACCAUGCAAGCAGCGGGCCAAGAAUGCAUCAUGCCGCCUGCUGCCCCUGGGUCCACCUGCACGUCAGCACUUGCUCUUCCGCAGCCUCUCCCAGAACACAGCUACACAGGGGCUGCUCCGUGGAGCCAUGACCUUGCCGCCCCCACCUCGGGGCCUGUGGCAGGUCAAGGACAUCUCCCCCAUCGUCAAGGCCGCCCGCCGAGAUGGUGAGCUUCUCCUGUCUGCCCAGUUAGAUUCUGGAGACAAGGACCCAGGGGUACCCAGGCCCAGCCCCCACGCGCCGUACAUUCUCAUCUACGCCAAUGACCUGGCCAUCUCAGAGCCCAACAGCGUGGCCGUGACACUGCAGAGAUAUGACCCCUUCCAGGCUGGGGACCCAGAGCCCGGCGCAUCCCCCAACAGCUCUGCGGACCCCCGUGUGCGUCGGGCCACACAGGCCACUGGGCCCCUCCAGGACAAUGAGCUGCCAGGGCUGGAUGAGAGGCCGGCCCACACCCCCCACACCCAGCACUACCACAAGCACGAGCUGUGGCCCAACCCCUUCCGUGCACUGAAGCCACGGCCAGGACGCAAGGACCGCAGGAAGAAGGACCAGGACGUGUUCAUGACCUCCUCACAGGUGCUGGACUUUGAUGAGAAGACGAUGCAGAAAGCCCGGAGGAAGCAAUGGGAUGAGCCUCGAGUCUGCUCCCGGAGGUAUCUGAAAGUGGAUUUUGCAGACAUUGGGUGGAAUGAAUGGAUCAUAUCACCCAAGUCCUUCGAUGCCUACUACUGCUCAGGAGCCUGUGAAUUCCCCAUGCCCAAGAUCGUCCGCCCAUCCAACCAUGCCACCAUCCAGAGCAUCGUCAGGGCCGUGGGCAUUGUCCCGGGCAUCCCGGAGCCUUGCUGCGUUCCCGACAAGAUGAAUUCUCUUGGGGUCCUCUUCCUGGAUGAGAACCGAAAUGUGGUUCUGAAGGUGUACCCCAACAUGUCUGUGGAGACCUGUGCCUGCCGGUAAGACCAGCUGCUCUGGAGUGGAAGGGAGCUCCCCACCCCCGCCCAGCAGGGAAGCAUUCUCAAAAUCUACUGGAGUGAGCACUUGACUCAGGGUGCAGCUGCAAAGGCAGGACAGGGCUCACGGGCAGCCAUCCGUCUCCUGGGGCAUCGUUCUGCGGUCUGUCAUUGCUAGUGAUGCCAUCCCCUCAUCGACGGUCCAAAUCCUCUGAAGGGAUCUGGGGAUUAACCUGGCCUGAUGGUUGCCCACAACCCAUCCCCUCUGCUCUGAAGGCCUGAAAACUGGACACAUCCACAGUGUUUUGUGACCAUCCUCUCAUAACCUGAACUGAGGACACUUGCUCCCUUCACAUAGAAAGAACCUCUGUUUAAGCAAUCAGUUUAAAACACAUCGGGCCACAUAGGGAUGCUGGAAAACAGGGCUGAAAUAAUGGUAUAAAGGGAUGUUUCCUGUCAAAAUCCACUGCAAAAGCUUUUAUACAUACGGUAUGCACAUAUAACCAAUGUUGGUUUCUUUUUCUUAAUAUAUAUUUUAUUUGAAAACAAAAAGGAGGCAGUUGACACCCUUCCCCACAGAGGUCAUCAUGCUGGUUAUGUGUGCAUUGUUUAAAUAUGCUUAUUAAAAUAACACGUACAAUGAUAUGUUGCAAUACUAAAACAUAACCAAGAUUUUAUAUUUUUGUAAAUUAUACUUUCUAUACUGUAGACUGUGUAUGUUACGUGUUUUUAUGGAAAGCUAAUAAAUUAAAGGGACUGU